CUCAUUUCGGUACAGAGCGCACAAGUGCAGAGUCGUAUAUGCGAGAUGCGAGCACGUCAGCACCGUAGUUUUUACCGUGUGGCGCUGAUUCUCAUGAGUAUAAAACUUUUUUCAAAAUGUGAUGGCGGCUCAUCGAAACACUCCGAAUACAAGAGGGCCCAACCGACAAGGAAGAAAGAAAAAAGGCGAAAGAAAGGACAUUUCGUUCGAGGAACAACAAAGAACGUUCAUAUUAAGGAAUCUCCGUUGCCUAAAACUCGGUAAAUCGAUCACAAUAAAAUAUAAACCAAAAUAAUAUAGCUUUUUGAUGCGCAAUCAACUAGAAAUUAAAUUUUGAAAAAGCAGUCAAAAGGUUUACAACGCAUGUAGAAGUUCAUUCUAGAUUCUAGAAAUUUCUUUUGUAUAAAAAGGACAAGAAUAGCGUACUGGGGCUACACCCGUAUCAAACAAAAGAGCUCGAGGAACCAGAAGCUAGGAAGCCAGUGAGUUGAUCUUGGGCGUGCAGAUUCUGGCUUUCUAUUCGUCUUACAGAAAUUAAUAAAAUGGAAAGCAAUGCAAAUAAAAGGUGGCAUCGUAAAGAAUGUGGUGCUUCAAGAAAAAUUAACAAAAAUCCAUUUCCAUCAAAGGGCAAACAGUUUUUUGCAAAUGCAUGUCACGUUUGUCGAGCCUAUGGAAAAGAUGUGAAGGCUGCAGAAUAAUAGCCUAUUGCAGUCGAGCACAUCAGAUGAAGCAUUGGCCAGAACACAAAUAUCUUUGUAAAGAGAUCAGCAAUGGAGUUGACAUUGCUGAAAAACUCAUUGAAGAAGCUUCAUCUUCAAAAAACUCAGAGUUAUCUUGGACAGAAGUUCAGCAUAACAUCAUUAAAUCCGUGGCUAUGGCUUCACGUUAUCAGCUUUCAUUCGAGGAGGUACAAAUACUAGCUUAUAAUAGAUCUUGUGAAAUUUGUCAUGAAACGGAUUCUAAAAAAUUACACGAUUGUACAGAGUGUCCAGCUGCUAGUUUUUGCAUCAAACAUCCAAAGGACAGCAAACAUUCUGUCAAGUGCGAAACAAUGAAAUUAUGUUUAGAAUAUGAUGGUCUACAUCUUGAAUGUGACAAUCUGUCAGUCUAUAAUGAUAUGAGUACUCCGCUGAAUAUCAAUGAAGUCAUCGGCCCCUACUUAUCACGUGCCUCGGUUGUCAAACAUAUUAAGUCUGAAAAAAUCUGGACAAUCUUUCUUUCUGAACGAUUAACAAGACCCUACACUUUGUUGCAUUCGAUGGAAAAAUUGCCGCAUCCAAAAUUGCACAAAAUGACCAUUCACGUAAUUGGUUCAGAUAGGAAUGAAAUGGAACAAGUGCGCUUGUGGUUUUAUUUAAUACAUCACAAUAAAACUCUGAGAGAGCUCAAAAUUGUAUUUAUUGGUCCAGAACUUGAGUCGAGUUCUCACGAAUUUAACAUCUGUGACGAGCGCACGAAGAACACUUAUAAAAUGAAAGUGUACACUGUAAGCAGCCUAUAUGCAGAAUUUGCAGCUGAGCAAUUUUUCACAAAACCAGAUUACGUUAUUGGAUUUAAUUUGGAACUUUGCGCAUUUCCUCUCUGCCAAGACACCUGGGCUCCGACCAUUGAAGUUCUGGCUAAACUGGGUUGUCCUUUUUCUCUAACUGCGUACUGCUCCUAUGAGCAAAAAUGUGAACAAGAAAGAAUCAAUCUAUUUCUUGAUAAAGAAAUAGAACCACUUUGGGCUGGCAAAAAUCCAUUUUCUGGCUUGAGACCUUUUCGAGAAGUAGAAGAUGAGUUCUGUUAUGUUAAUCAGUAUUUGACUGUUUACGAAAAAUUGUGUUGUUUUUUUGUUUUUUUUUUUUUUUUUCAAAUGAAAUUUACCUCGACAAUCUAACAACACAAUAAAAAAUGGAAAAUCAGGAAAAAACUGUAACGUAAGUUAAUUCGUUGGAAAAUGAUAACAUUUAUUUCCAUUGUUUUUUGUUUGCCUCUGACACUUGCUAGCAAUUAAAAUCCUAAACUUGUUGGGAAAACUUUAGCUAAUAUGUUCCGGUGAAAAAACGUAUGACCAAAAAAAAGUCAUAUUAGUAACAAAAUAAUUUUUUCUUUAAUAUUAUAUAAAACAAUCUCUGGAGAUAUGUUUCUUUCAAAUGAAAUUCACCUCGACAAUCGAACAACACAAAAAAUGGAAAAUCAGGAAAAAUAUUAGAACCUAAUUUAUAUUGUCGAAGGAUGAUAACAUUUAUUACAUUUUUUUUUACUGUUAACACUUAUUAGCGAUUCGAAUCCUAAACUUGUUGAAAUUUUAGCUAAUGUUUCGGUGAAAAAAGGUCUGGCUAAAAAGUCAUUUUUUUUUCUUUUAUCCUUUUUAUCUUUUUUUUAAUUCUUUCACUAUUACUGCACAAAGUUUUAAAAACUCUCCUAUAAAGUAAAAAUCUAUAAGUAUUUGAAAGUUUAAAAAAAUUUGUCCAUACUCUA